UUGAUCGAUUGAAGAUGCCUCCUAAAACUAGCGGAAAAGCUGCCAAGAAAGCUGGCAAGGCCCAAAAAAACAUUUCUAAAAGCGACAAGAAGAAGAAACGCAAGAGGAAGGAAAGUUACGCUAUCUACAUUUAUAAAGUAUUGAAACAAGUCCAUCCGGAUACGGGUAUUUCAAGCAAGGCUAUGAGCAUCAUGAACAGUUUCGUUAAUGAUAUUUUCGAACGCAUCGCCGCCGAGGCGAGUAGACUUGCUCACUACAACAAACGUUCGACAAUAACCAGCAGGGAAAUUCAAACAGCAGUGCGCCUUCUCUUGCCCGGUGAGUUGGCAAAACACGCCGUCAGCGAAGGAACUAAAGCAGUAACAAAAUACACCAGUUCCAAAUAAAGCAGGAAUUGUUGUUGCAUAUCAAACGGUUCUUUUCAGAACCACAAA